AUGGGUGGUAUUUUUCGAAAAAUGUUUUCUACCAACCAAUCGAACAUGAAAAUAAGUAGAAAUUAACUUAUUUUCCAAGAACACAAUUUCCUCCAUACCGAACACACCCUUAAUGAAUCCUCCUUUUCGAUUCUUGGCUUUACCACUGGUUUCUCCAUUUUAGGACUUGUUGCUUCUUCUAUAUUGUAGGUCAUGCCUUAACCUUGUUAAAAAGCGGAGUAGGCUAUCUGCUGGCAUAUCUUUUACGAUUUUGCUUCUUUUUUUUCUUCCUAACUGAGGCUUGGUUCAAUUUGCUAGUGGUCAAAUGCUGAGUUACUUUAAUCUUACAGAUUUGGCCCUGUUGAUUGCUAAAAAGUAUGAUUAUUUGGUCGAUGAACGAGAUGCAGAUGGAAUGACUGCUCUUCAACUUCUUGCAUGCAACCGACAAGCAUUUGGAAGUGGAGAGAAUUAUAGUUUUAUCAAGAGAUCCAUUUACACUCGUCUUUCAACUGAACAUAAGGCUACAGAGAGGGAAGAAGCUCAAAAACGUUAUAGAGUGCCUAUGGUGGAGUCCAUGCGUCAGCAAAAGCAGAGACAUGAAUCAGUUCUUGAACUUGCAAAGUUCUUGAUAGCAAAGGAUACUUCUUGGGAGCAUUCAGAGUCUGCAUUAAAUAAGGUCGAACCUCGAUAUCACAAAUAUAGACUAAUGUCAGAUGUUUCAAAAGGCCAAGAAAAAGAGGAUCAACGUGGUGUUGCACAAGAAGGACAAGCUGUUACAAAAGUGGCUGAGUCACCAUUGAUCUUAGCAACCAAAUCAGGUUGCACGGAAAUUGUGGAGGAGAUAUUGAAAACGUAUCCUCAAGCUGUGGAAUAUAUUGACAGUCAAGGUCGUAACAUUUUGCACGUCGCGAUCAAGUACCGCCAGAUGCAAAUCUUUGACAUAGUUGAGAAAAUGGAUAUGCCAAUGAGGAGACUCAAGAGAAAAAUCACUCAUAAGGGAAAUUCCAUAUUGCACAUGGUUGGUAUAAAAGAGGACCCCGAAAUUGCAGAUAUGAGAAGCCCUGCUCUUCUGUUGCAAGAGAAUUUGCUCUUAUUUGAGCGUGUGAAAAAUGUCUGCUCAGAUGAUUUUUUCGAAAUUAUUAACAAAGAUGGAAAGACGGCAGAAGAGUUAUUCACUAAAGCAAAUGCUAAACUUCGUUCAGAAGCAAAAGACUGGCUUAAACGCACUGCGGAGAACUGUACAAUAGUUGCUGUGCUCAUUGCAACAGUGGCUUUUGCAGCAGCCUAUACUAUUCCAGGUGGUCCAAAUCAAAGCACUGGUUAUCCCGUCCUCAUGGACCAUCCAUUCUUCGUGAUUUUCACCAUUGGAGAUGUGCUCUCCAUUACCUUUGCUUUGACCUCAAUGAUCACCUUUCUCUCAAUUCUUACCUCUUCAUUUCUGAUGCAUGAAUUCAGGCGGUCGCUUUCUGAGAAGUUAAUUCUGGGGUUUACCCUCUUGAUUCUUUCUGUGUCGAUGAUGAUGUUAGCAUUCGCGUCGACUAUAAUCUUGAUGAUUCACUAUAAGGAAAGGUGGACAAAAAUUGCUUUAUCUUCCAUGGCAUUCCUACCUGUGACCAUCUUUGCAGUUUCAUAUUUUCCUCUGUAUGUGUCAUUAUGGAAGAACUUCAACUACUCAUUAAGGAAAUUAGCCAGGGCUUUUCCUAGGUGCAAGACUAUAUCAGGAAGGCCACGCGAUUCCCCUUUGCCAAGCUCUUCCAGUCUCCAUUAGUCUGAAUCUACUAAAUUUGGCAUUUCCACAUCCUAUUAUUAGUAACAAAAUAUGUGAUAGUUGUUGUGUUUGAUACAUAAAGGGGCUUUAGUCCAACCAAGAAUCUUCACAGUAGUCUUUGUAUCCUUGAAAUGUAUUCUAGUAGUAGGGGUGUGUUCCCAAUGAAUGUAUGUUUGUCAAGUUCUCUUCUUAUUGAAGCAUAUAUGAGAGUUGUCAAGUUUAAUAUC